ACGCUACACCCCUAGCAAAACCCCCAGAUUUUCUUCUCUCGGUGCCGCUCGCGCAGCGUUUGGAAGAAUGGGGAAGAAGACGAAGAAACCAGGCAAAGGCAAAGAGAAAACGGAGAAGAAAACCGCCAGAGCUGAAGAGAAACGAUCCCGCAGAGAAACCAAGAAGCUCUCUCCCGAAGACGACAUCGACGCCAUCUUGUUGAGUAUACAGAAGGAGGAGGCCAAGAAAAAGGAAGUGCACGUCGAGGAGAAUGUCCCUGCGCCAUCUCCCCGUUCGAAUUGCUCGUUGAACAUCAAUCCGUUGAAAGAGACUGAAUUGAUUCUGUACGGGGGUGAAUUCUAUAAUGGUAGCAAGACAUUUGUAUAUGGUGAUCUGUACCGGUAUGAUGUGGAAAAGCAGGAGUGGAAACUGGUUUUGAGCCCAAACAGCCCACCACCUCGUAGCGCACAUCAGGCAGUUGCCUGGAAGAACUAUCUAUAUAUAUUUGGCGGUGAAUUCACGUCUCCAAAUCAAGAACGAUUUCAUCACUACAAGGACUUUUGGGUGCUGGACCUGAAAACAAAUUCAUGGGAACAGCUAAAUUAUAAAGGGUGUCCAAGUCCACGAUCGGGUCAUCGGAUGGUCUUAUACAAGCACAAGAUUGUUGUUUUCGGUGGCUUCUAUGACACUCUUAGAGAAGUGAGGUAUUUCAAUGAUUUGCACGUCUUUGACUUGGAUCAGUUUAAGUGGCAAGAGAUAAAACCCACGCCUGGAUGCAUGUGGCCGAGUGCUCGGAGUGGUUUUCAGCUUUUUGUCCACCAAGAUGAUAUAUAUUUAUAUGGUGGCUAUUCCAAAGAAGUUUCAUCUGAAAAAAGUGACUCGGAGAAGGGAAUCGUUCAUUCAGACAUGUGGUCUCUUGAUCCUAGGACUUGGGAGUGGAACAAGGUAAAGAAAAUUGGGAUGCCUCCUGGACCUCGUGCUGGGUUUUCUAUGUGCAUCCAUAAAAAACGGGCUCUUCUUUUUGGUGGCGUAGUUGACAUGGAAGUUAAAGGUGAUGUUAUAAUGAGCUUGUUCUUGAAUGAGCUUUAUGGAUUUCAGUUAGACAACCGUCGCUGGUACCCAUUAGAGCUACGGAAGGAGAAGUCAACGAAAAACAAGUUGAAAAAGAGUUCAGGAGAGGAAGCUAACACUGCUGCUCUCAACAAUAAAUUAACUCCAAUGGAAGUAGAAAAGAGUGUAACAAAUGAUAAAGACGGGGACUUGGAGUACCUUGAAGAGGUGGAUGUGGAAAGCAGCAUUGAUGAUAUUUCUCUUGAUAUAGAGAGAAACAUGACUGUUGAUGGUUUGGGGGUAGCUACGACAUCGGAUGGAAGGCCUCCUGAAUGUAGUUCGAAAUAUCCUUCGCAAAGUUCUCCUUUGCCGGAGAUAGUGAAGCCAUGCGGACGCAUUAAUUCCUGCUUGGUUGUUGGAAGAGAUACACUUUAUAUUUAUGGGGGCAUGAUGGAAGUUAAAGAUCGAGAAAUUGCACUUGAUGACUUGUAUGCGCUUAAUCUGAGCAAACUUGAUGAAUGGAAGUGCAUCAUACCGGCAUCUGAAUCCGAAUGGAUAGAAGCCUCUGAGGGUGAAGAUGAGGAAGAUGAAGAGGAUAGUGAACAGGAAGAAUCUGGUAGCGGAGAUGACGUUAAUGAGACUGAUGAUGAUGAUGAUAACGAUGAUGAUGAUGGGAAAAGCAGUCCUAGCUCUCUUGUGCUGGGAGAUGCUGUGGCAAUAAUCAAGGGUGAGGGAAAGAAUCUUCGGAGGAAAGACAAACGGGCCAGGAUAGAGCAGAUCAGAGUCAGUCUUGGCCUCUCCGAUUCACAGAGAACACCAAUGCCUGGAGAAACCUUGAAGGACUUCUACAAACGCACAAAUAUGUACUGGCAAAUGGCUGCAUAUGAACAUACUCAACAUACGGGGAAGGAGCUCCGAAAAGAUGGUUUUGACCUUGCUGUUUCUCGAUACAAGGAGCUUAAACCAAUCCUUGAUGAGUUGGCAAUCUUAGAGGCAGAGCAGAAAGCUGAGGAGGAGGAAGGCCCUGAGAGUAGUAGUCUGACAAAGAGAGGCAACAAGAAGAAUAAACAUGUAGCAUCCAAGUAGUUAGAGCUUUUCGAUAUUUUCUAUUAAUUAUAGCGAACCGAUUCAGUUGGUUGGCUUGUAAUAUUUUCGUCAAUUCAAUUCAUAUUAUGGCUGCGUUCUUUU